AUGAGAACAAAGUAUGGGAAGGAUGCCUCGGUUAGCAGCGGCCAAGUCGCUUGGGCUCUGGCUACCCAAUGUGCUCUUCCUGCCGACUUGGUUCGACUAGAGGGCCUGAAGGAGGAAUCAUUUCUUGAUCAGAUCGAUAGUGGGCUUCUAAUGGUAUUUCCUCUUAUACUUCUUAUUGUUUCGUGCUUUUCUCUUCCCUUUCUCAUCUCGCUUAUGUAUUGCGUUCUUUUGUGGUUCUGUCUAUUCCAAUUGGUGAGUGCCCAUAAUGAUACCCGUCGCCGCAUAAAUGAAUCGCGGGAGCUGGUCACUACUUUGACCAAGGACUUAAAGGUCGAAAAGUCCAAAGUUGAAAAGUUGAAGAACUCUAUCCAAACCCAAGCGUUGGAGCAUAGCUGCUUUGUGGGAAAAUUGGAGGACAAGAUCCAAUCUAUCUCCAAGGAUAGGGACACACAUAUUGACUCCUCCCUUAAGCUUAUUGAUCGGAACUUAGAUGAUGAGGAGGAAGUGGUUGCGGAGGCUGGAAACUUGAGUGAGGGUGUGCAAGAUCUUGCUAUGGUUGCGCCCUUAGGCUAUAAUCCAUGGAUAAAUAGGGCCGAGAUGCUACAUAAUAGAUCAUGCAGAAUUAUUAUUAGAGGCACUGGGAUCAACUCUCCUCAUUUCCCUUUUCACUUCCAUCCUUCCGCUGUCCGUAAUAUUCUACUUCAAGCCUUUCUUUUCCUCUCAUCACCGAUUCUUUCAAAGCCUCUUUCACUCUUUAACCAUAACGGAUUCAACGGCGCCAUUUCCUUCACCAAAAUCCACCAUCACCACCGUCAUGGGCCGAGAUCAACAAAUCUCAGCCAACCCGUGGCUAAAUUUGACGAAAACGACGUCGUAGUAUUGACAGACAAGAAUUUUAGCGAUUUCGUUAAUCAGAAUCAAUAUGUGAUGCUAAAAUUCUAUGCGCUAUGGUGUUAUUGGAGUCGCAAACUGGCACCGGAGUAUGCGGCGGCGGCCACCAUGGUUAAGGGUAGUAAUAAAGCUGUUCUUGCAAAAAUUGAUGCUACUCAUGAAUUGGAGUUGGCAAGGAAGUUCAAGAUUCAUGGGUAUUCUACUAUGUAUUUCUUGGCCGGUGGAGUUCAGAAAAUUCCUUAUUAUGGAGAAAGAACUAGGGACGCUGUUGCAAGUUGGGUGAAUCAGAAAAUAAAUAAUGUUGUUCAAAAUUUGACAACAAGGGAGGAAGCAAAAUAUAUAUUAAGAGAAAAAUCAUUAAUAGUUUUGGGAUUUCUUGAAAAUCUUGAGGUUCAAGAUAGCAAGGAGCUUGCAGCUGUCUCAGAAAUGCACUUUGAUGUCAACUUCUAUCAAACCUCCAAUGGUGAUGUUGCAAAGUUAUUCCACAUUGACGAGCAAAUCAAACGCCCUGCUCUUGUCAUCCUGAAAAAAGAGGACAGAGAUCAUAUUCAUUUUGGUUAUGAAGGUGAAUUCACCAGAUCAUCAAUAGCUGACUUUGUUUCUACAUACAAGCUUCCUUCAUUGAUCACUUUCACUCCAGAAGAUGCUACAAAUAUUUUUGAGAAUCCUAUGAAAAAAUCAUUUGCAGAGGAGUUCCUGGAAGGCAAGUUUCCAAGCAAAUCAGGUUUGCAAAAGAAGACAGUAAUUAGACUUCCAAUGGAUUUCAUACCUCUGAUGGAAGUUCAGUUCCACAAGCAUAUUAGUCAUAACAACUGCUAAUGGAAGCACUAUAACUUCAGUGAACUUGUUGUGAUCAAGUAUAAGAGAGUCCUCUUCUUGUAAUAACAAUAAUUCCGUUUCUUUCUUAUACUCAAAUUAAUAUAUAUGAUAUGAUAUAAAUUAGCAA